AGUCAGAACUCUUCUCCCUGACAGCCACAAACAUCUACAGCACUUAUUGCAUUCAGAGAGGGAACCUGCAUACAGAACUUCACAGAAAACUUUUUGUUCUUGUUCCAGAGAAUCUGCUAAAGAGAAGGGGGAAGAAAAAAGAAAAAGAGAAAAAAAAACUGUGCGUUUAGGGGGAGGAAAAGCAGGGCCUUUUUAAAAGGGAAUCACAACAACUUUUGCUGCCAGGAUGCCUUUGCUUUUGAAGAGAGGAUUUUUCUUGGUGCUUUGCUGGAUUAUAGUGAGGAGUUCCCCAACCCCAGGAUCCGAGGGACACAGUUCAGUCACCAGUUGCCCAUCAUGUGCCCUUGCCACGCUCUCAAAGGAUGUGCCCAACUCACAACCUGAGAUGGUGGAAGCAGUAAAGAGGCACAUACUGAACAUGUUGCACUUGAGGGACAGACCUAACAUCACUCAGCCAGUGCCCAAGGCAGCACUUUUAAAUGCCAUCAAGAAACUCCAUGUGGGGAAGGUGGGAGAGGAUGGCUUUGUGGAAAUAGAGGAUGACAUUGGAAGAAGAGCAGAAAUGAAUGAACUUGUGGAGCAAACCUCAGAAAUCAUCACAUUUGCAGAAUCAGGCACACCCAAGAGAACAUUGCACUUUGAGAUAUCCAAGGAAGGCAGUGAACUAUCAGUAGUGGAGAAUGCUGAAGUGUGGCUCUUCCUGAAAGUCUCUAAGGCCAACCGGAGCAGAACAAAAGUGACCAUCCGACUAUACCAGCAGCAUCGUCAGCCCAAAGGCAACUCUGAAGGGGCAGAAGAGGUGGAGGAUGUGGGGUUGACAGGUGAAAAGAGUGAGACUCUCAUUUCUGAAAAGGCAGUGGACACCCGUAAAAGUACCUGGCAUAUCUUCCCUGUCUCUAACAGUGUGCAACACCUCCUGGACCAAGGCAAGAGCUCCCUGGAUGUGCGGAUUUCCUGUGACCAGUGUCAAGAGACUGGUGCCAGCCUGGUGCUAAUGGGCAAGAAGAAGAAAAAGGAAGAUGAUGGGGAAGGGAAAGAGAAGGAAGCUGGAGAAUCUACUGGAGAAGAGGAGAAGGAACAAUCCCACAGACCAUUCCUGAUGAUGGUUGCCCGGCAUUCAGAGGACCGCCAGCAUAGACGACGGAGACGGGGCUUGGAGUGUGAUGGCAAGGUCAACAUCUGCUGCAAAAAGCAGUUCUUUGUCAGCUUCAAGGACAUUGGAUGGAGUGACUGGAUCAUAGCACCCACAGGUUACCAUGCUAACUACUGCGAAGGUGAGUGCCCCAGCCAUAUAGCGGGCACCUCUGGCUCAUCAUUGUCUUUCCACUCCACUGUCAUCAAUCAUUACCGAAUGCGGGGCCACAGCCCCUUUGCCAACCUCAAGUCCUGUUGUGUGCCGACCAAGCUGCGGCCCAUGUCCAUGUUAUACUAUGAUGAUGGACAGAACAUCAUUAAAAAGGACAUUCAGAAUAUGAUUGUGGAGGAGUGUGGCUGCUCAUAGAUUCAUAUAUGAACCCCGAGAGCCUUCUCCUACUGGUGAGGAGAGAAUUAAAAAAAACAUAGAAGAGGAAAGACCUGACAUGGCAUAACCUUUCUGAAUAAAACAAUCAAAUAUAAUUUGAAAA